AUGCCUCCUGGAAAUCCUCCCAAACGAUCGUAUUCUCGCACCGAUGCUGCCGUCCGCGUCGAGUAUCCCGAGCACCAUGAACUUCCCGCCAGCAAGCCCUUGAUUGGCCAAGGAGGACAGUUUUCCAAACCCACCCUAGCUUCCCUUUCUCUCGAGGGCAAGACAAUUGUCAUAACCGGGGGUGCAAGAGGCCUCGGGCUAGUCAUGGGACAGGGUGUGGUCUACUCAGGUGCUGAUCUAGCGAUCGUCGAUUUAAACAAGGACGAAGCCCAGUCUCAAGUAGGCCAAUUGACAGAUGCUUUCAAGAAAGAGAACCCAAACAGCGAGACAAUCCCGAGAGUCACUGCUCACUAUGCAGACGUCUCUGACCCUGACUCUGUAACAAACUGUAUCGCCGAGAUCCUCAACAUUCAUCAUAAGAUCGAUGGUCUAGUCACGUCGGCUGGCUUCACGGAGAAUUUCGAGGCAAUCAACUAUCCCAUCGAUCGUAUGCGCAAGUUGUGGGGUGUUAAUGUUGACGGUACUUACCUCUUUGCAGUUGCAGUUGCCAAACAUCUCAUGGAACGCCAGGUACCUGGUAGUAUCGUGGUUAUUGGAAGCAUGUCUGGUGCUAUUGUCAAUGUUCCACAGCCACAGGCACCAUAUAACGCGGCCAAGGCAGCUGUUCGUCACCUGGCUGCUUCCCUCGCAGUAGAGUGGGCUCACGCUGGAAUCCGAGUCAACUGUAUCUCUCCUGGCUACAUGUUGACUGCUCUAACGCAGAAGAUUCUGAACGAUAACCCAGAUAUCGAGAGGACCUGGACAUCUCUUAUUCCUCAGGGACGUAUGGGACUACCUCAAGAUCUGAUGGGUCCUGUGACCUUUUUGUUGUCAGAUGCGUCUUCUUACAUGACUGGGGCAGAUCUUAGAGUAGAUGGAGGAUAUACUGUGACCUAG